ACCCGGAGCUCAGAAGCUUUCAGCAAGCCCAAGAACUUCGACAUAUAUGCCCACUUUUAACACAGCGGGAAUAUGAGCAAUCAUUGCCAUUUCGAUACUCAUUUUACACAUACUCUAGUCUACAUAGUCCACCACCCCCACUAAAAUUACGCCAAAACGCUAACUAUGGUUGCUGACGACGACACAUGCAGCGUUGCCCUGACCAUGUCAACGUUCAAUAAGAGGAACCGUUUUCAUACAGAAGAUGGAGGCGGCGAAGAACGACGAUCAGCGACCGGUUCCGAGGGAGCAGGCGAUACUGGAAAGCUUCUUCACUCAGCUCGGGAUGUUCUCGUUCGACCGAGCCAAAGACUACGUGGAGAAGGAGAAGGACAUCAGUAAGAGCGCCGGGCCCAUAUGGGCCUCUUUGCUAGCUGCUCUGGCCCACCUCGCUGCUGCGGAGAAAGCCUACCACAACAUGACGUUCCUCGGUCAGAAAUUGGGAGGCCAGUCAUUCUUCAGCAGGAAAGAUUCCAUUAGGACCACGUACACAUCGGUGUUCAACGAGCUAAAGAAGGUCAUCUCCAUGGGCCGGCUCAGCUCCUCCGCAGGCUCCGCCCCUUUCCUGGAGGACCUGCUAUCCCAUCUGUCCGAGCAACUGUGCCACUUCACGCAGGCUCGGACAGAGAUCGCAGAUUUCUAUGAGAAGAUGUUGGCGCUGGCCAACCAGAAGAGCGUCCACUCCGAGGAGCUGGUCAGCAUGCUGGAGAGCGUCCUGCACAAGUACAGCUCCAAGUUCCACCACCCCAUCCUGAGCCGGAUGGAGGGCUGCUUCCAGCUGGAGGUGGACGUUCUGUGCCAGCUGCUGCGGUGCCAGGUGGAGGUGUGUGAGUGGCGCUUCCUGCCCGCGCUGCUGUGCCUGCACGCUGCCCACACCAAGCUGACCGCCUGGGCGCAGCUGUUCGAGCGCCAGCGCGAGACGCGCAAGCACCUGUUCGGUGGCCAAUCGCAGAAGGCCGCUCAGCCGCCGCACCUGUACGUGUGGCUGCAGCGUCUGCAGGGGUCACUGCUGGCCAAGUUCAGCUUCUACUUCCACGAGACACUGAGCCGGCAGACGCUGGUGGCGGAGAUGAAGGCGCUGACUGCGCGCACCUCGCCCGACUACUACGGCCGCGCGUCCUCCUUCAUCCGCAAGCACGACGCCGCCAGCGUCUCACUCGUCUUCGACAACCGCGGCCACGAGAGCUUCCAGGGCCACGGCUACCACCACCCCCACUCGUACCGCGAGCCGCCCAAGGGCGUGGACCAGUUCCCGGCGGUGGUAUCGCUGCCGAGCGGCGAGCGUCCGGUCACGCACUGGCCCAACGUCAUCAUGAUAAUGAGCGACCGCGGGGCCGAGCUCAACGCGCUGGACAAGGUGGUGCACUUCUACGACGACAAGGUGCAGAGCACCUACUUCCUGUCCCGGCCCGAGCCGCAUUUCACGCUCGUGGUCAUCUUCGACGGCCGCCGCUCAGAGAAGGACUCCUACAUCACGGCCUUCCUGCUGGAGCUGACCGGCUCGCUCCGCAACACCAAGCCCUUCAGCUGGCUCAAGCCUGGGUCCAAGGGCUGAGAACAUACAUACACACACACACACAUGCACACACACACACACACACACACAUACACACACACACCAAGCCCUUCAGCUGGCUCAAGCCUGGGUCCAAGAGCUGAGAACAUACACAUGCACACACACACACACACACACACCAAGCCCUUCAGCUGGCUCAAGCCUGGGUCCAAGAGCUGAGAACAUACACAUGCACACACACACACACACACACACCAAGCCCUUCAGCUGGCUCAAGUCUGGGUCCAAGGGCUGAGAUCACGCACACGCAGGUACACACACACAUACACACAUACACACACACACAUAUACACACACACACACACACACACACACAUACACACACACACAUACACAUACACACACACACACACACACACACACACACACACACACACACAGGACUGGAGAGGAGUGCAAGCCCAGAUAUUGAGGUUGUGCAGGUUCUGCAGAGGGUGCAUAUGUGCAGUAGUUGUGAUGAUGGAUGUCAGGUGGGACUGAUUGUAUGUUUUGGUCUAAACACAUGCUAAGCCUUUUUGCUUGAAAUAACACAUAAAUGUGUGUAACCUUUUAAAAAGGCGUCCAUUUCGUCUUUGUUUUAAGUUGUUACUCUGAACAUCUAGUGGUCCAGUUUGCCUGUAGGUGUGUCUGCAACUGCCUGUCUGCUUGACUCUUGACCAAAGAAGGUGGUUGCAGCUCUUGUGAACAACACAGGCACAUUAUUUUUUUACUUGAUAUUUUAAGUCUCUGUUUAAGUUUAAGUCACUGUUUGUGAGAUAGGAAUCUAACAAGUGCUCUUGAACCUUUCCAAGCAAUUUCUCUAUCAAAAUGCUGCUAUGUCAAAACAUCUGAUUAUUUGGAGGUUUAUUUUAGAUGACUAAUAUUUUAAGUGAUCAUUAUGGUGAGCGUGGUUGAGAUAUCUGUAUGUUCUGGAGACUCCAAAUACAUAAUAAAGUUUUGAACCUGUAAGAUGAA